CAUCCCUUUAAAUGUUUGCAUGUAUCGUCUUUCUCUCUCUCAGAUGAUGGCGAGGCUCGCUGCAGAGAGCUGCACCAGCGCUGUGAGGAGCUGGAGGCUCAGCUGAAGGCUAAAGAGCAGGAGAACACGGAGCUCCUGCGGGAUCUGGAGCAGAAGAACGCCAUGAUCUCAGUGUUGGAGAACACCAUCCGUGAGCGAGAGAAGAAGUACCUGGAUGAGCUGAAGUUGAAGAGCCAUAAGUUGGCUGUGCUGUCCGGAGAGCUGGAGCAGAGAGCCAGCACCAUCGCCUACCUCACCUCCCAGCUCCACGCCACCAAAAAACGCCUUCUCGCCGGCGGGAGGGCAGGUAUAAGCCCCUCCGCCAGUCCCGUCAGCUCUUUCAAACCCAGCCCUCCUCCCGCUCCCGUGCCCGUGCCGUCGGGAAACGACAAGGACAUCCGGCAACCCGAGACUCCUCGCAGACGCAUGCGCAAAAGCCUUUCGCAGCCGCUGCACUCUGAAUACACAGAGCUGUACCGGUUGGGCGCCACAGACGGCCGUAGGGUGGUACUGAGAGAUUCGGUAGAUGCCAUGCCAGAUCCUACACCAUUCCUGCAAGCCAGAGAGCCAGCGGCCCCUGCAGAGUCUCAAGCGGUGUUGCGGGAACGCCCCUCUGUGAUCCCGCCCAUCGCUUCUUCAGGCACACCCCCUGCGCCUUCAAGCCCCGCCCACAUCCCUGUGCCUCCGAGCCCUAGGAAUAGUCCAGCGCGGGACGGACCCCAUCCCCGUGCUAACGUGCAUAUAGGAGUGGCCCAUCGGAUCCACCGCUCACCCUCAUCAGGUGGAGGAGCAGCUCGGAAACAGGCGGAGGUGGAGACCCUCGCCGUGGACCAGGUCAAUGGAGAGCAGGUGGUUCGCAAACGCUCAGGUGCAGACAGAACUGUUUAAGACUGACAACUGUGCACAUUUACUCAUCCUAAAACAUAGUAUAUCAACAUAGAUGUAUUAAGACCAAUGCAGUGUAUGCGGAGCUCCUUAUGACUGUGAAAACACACACACGCCCAUACAGAUGCUCAAAUCAUCAAC